GAGGAUGGAAAAACAGGAGGCUGCGGACAGACCCAAGUGGGACAACAAAGCUCAGUAUAUACUAACCUGUGUGGGGUUCUGUAUUGGUCUGGGUAAUGUUUGGAGAUUCCCUUACUUAUGUCAGAGUCAUGGAGGAGGUAAGCUAAGACAGAAAGGGCAAGAUAACAUAUCUGGUAAAUUUACUGAUUUAAAAAAUGUGUGUUUGUGGUAUACAGGAAUUAAUUUUAAUAUAAUAAUAAUAAUAAUAAUAAUAAUAAUAAUAAUAAUAAUAAUAAUAAUAAUAAAGAAAUAUUCGUAAUAUGUUUUUCUCUAACGGAUUAAAACUUUAACUGCAACAAAAUCACUGGACCUUUGUACCAACACAUAAAAGGAGUUAAAUUGUCACCAAUUCAUGAAUACAAGAGAGUGCCCUUAGGUUUGCAGUCAAGCUGCAUUAAUGAUUAUACACAGAGAUGCCCCCUGAGUCCAGCGGGUUAAGUUAAAACACAAUCUUAAUUAUGCAAUGAGAGGUGUUGACUUUUAUGCAGUUACCUUAUUGCGCUCAAAUAUUUUAAAAUAUUCUUUUAUUUUGUAAUUUAGUGUAAUUUAAUCAUACUUUUUGAACUGUUAACUCGAGUACAGUAUCAUGAGCUACAGCAACGAGUGUCCUUUCUGUGCAAUAGUGAUGGUGUAUACUGAUUAAUACCAAACAGCAAUGUGACCCACAAAAAAAAGUGCUAAAUAUAGCCAAACACAUCUAUGACUAACCAUAGUGAUAAACGUUGCCCAUCGUAUUUGUUCCAAAGAACAUAUCCGUAACUUUUCAAGUUCUGAAUAUAAUUUUUCCUGAGACGAUCACUGUGGCUUAAGUAAGAAAAAGAUUUAACAUAUCGGGUUUGAUGUCCAAACACUAAUAGACUACAAGAAAAACAAGAAAACUGUCACGUCCGGUGUGGCAGACGUGUGGAGAAGUAGGGAGGACCCAAGAUGCGGCAGCUCUGGUGCAGGUGAGUUUAUUUAACAGAAGGAAAUACAAACAGCAGUGGCGAGGGUGAACUAGAAACUAAGAAAACCUAAACUGGAAAAACUAACAGAAACUAACCGUAAACAGAUAUGCAGGGAGGCACAGGGAAAUCCAUAGGAAGCCGGAGAGACGUAGGGAGACUGAGGGAAACAACACAGACGAACCAGCAACGAGGACGAGGUGCAUUUUUGAUUCCUUACCUAAUUCUGCUGGUGCUAGAAGGAAUGCCUCUCUUACUGCUAGAGUUUGCUAUUGGGCAGCGGCUUAGAAAAGGCAGUGUGGGAGUGUGGCAGGCCAUCAGCCCAUAUCUGACAGGUGUUGGUAUUGCCUCCAUGUUAGUGUCCUUUAUGGUUGCCCUGUACUACAACACCUUAAUUGCCUGGAUCAUGUGGUAUUUCUUCAAUUCCUUUCAAGACCCAUUGCCUUGGACUAAGUGUCCUCUCAAUGAAAACAGGACAGGAUUUAUACCAGAAUGCCAGCAGAGCUCCACAGUGGACUACUACUUUUACAGAGUCACUCUGAAUGCUUCUAACUCAAUAGCAGACUCUGGAGGACUUCAGUGGCCCAUUAUAAUAUGUCUGUUAGCUGCCUGGACAGUCGUUUGUAUCUGCUGCAUACGAGGGAUCAGUACUUCAGGCAAGGCAGUCUACAUCACAGCCAUCUUGCCGUACAUAGUGCUUGCCAUCUUCCUGAUCCGAGGACUGACUCUUAAAGGUGCCCUGAGUGGAAUAAAGUUCCUCUUCACACCAGAUGCGGAAGAGCUGAUGAAUCCAACUACUUGGUUGGAUGCAGGUGCACAGGUCUUUUAUGCUUUUGGCUUAGCAUGGGGAGGGCUGAUUUCCUUCUCAAGCUACAACCCUGUUCACAACAACUGUGUGCAAGACUCUGUGAUCCUGUCUGUGGUAACUGGCCUCACCUCAGUCUAUGCAGCCACAGUAACCUACUCCAUCAUUGGCUUCAGGGCCACUGAGAAAUAUGACACCUGUAUCAACGAAAACAUCAGGACGCUACUAAAUGGAUUUGAGCUCCCUGAGGACAGCAUCACUGCCAGCAACUACAAUGCAGCCCUUCAUCAUCUGAACAGCUCCUAUCCGGAUACUGUUUUUGGACUGGACAUUAAAACCUGUGACAUGCAGAAGCUCCUCAGUGAGGGAGUGGAGGGAACAGGUCUGGCCUUUAUUGUCUUCACUGAGGCCAUUACCAAAAUGCCGGGUUCCCCAGCCUGGUCUGUCCUGUUUUUUAUCAUGCUUCUGUGCCUCGGACUCUCAACACUUUUUGGCAACAUCGAAGGAGUCGUAGUCCCUUUGAAAGACUUGAAUUUAUUUCCCAAAAAAUGGCCCCAUGAAAUGUUGACUGGAGUAACAUGUUUUGUAUCCUUCAUCAUCUGCCUCCUGUUUGCACAGCCAUCAGGAAUUUAUUGGGUAACUCUCUUUGAUAACUUUGCUGGAUCUGUUCCACUGCUGACCAUUGGAUUGUUCGAGAUGAUAGCUGUUGUUUACAUCUAUGGCAUUGACAGGUUCAACGAGGACAUAAAGUUCAUGGUUGGGAGAAAGCCCUCUAUUUUCUGGCAGAUUACGUGGCGAUUUAUCAGUCCUCUGAUUGUCCUGGUUAUUUUGGUUUUCUACCUGGUGACUCAAGCCCAAAAGCAGCUCAACUAUCUAGUCUGGGACAUAAAUUCUGAGACAUUUCCAGCUUUGACAUCAAUACCCUACCCCUCAUGGAUCUAUGCUGUUAUCUUCCUCUUAGCAGGAGUCCCCAGCCUGGUAGUGCCUAUGUACGCGUUAUGUCGGCUGAUCUUUGUUUGCUACAAGAAAACAAUGUCAUCCAGAAAAUAAAUGAAUACAUCAGAGAACAAAGCAGAAUUCAGGAUUAUUUAACAGCGUUUCCUAUCCAGCAUCACGCCAAAACAUGUAACAGGCAUGUUGGUCCACGGUGUCACGCUUUGCAAGACUGAAAUAGACACACGUGCAGUAAUUUGCAGUAAUAGCAGAGGGAGGUAUUUUAUUUCAAGCCACCAUGAAAAUAAUCAUGGGAAUGCAUUUAAACAGACAUUACUAACACAUUUAAAAUGUAAACACACAUUAGCCACCUAGCUUAAUCUGGCUAUUAUAGGACCCUAGUAUGUACUUCAUACCUUCAUUGCUCACUAGCAACUUCUUGGCCUUAAAUAUAUUAUCUCCCCCUGCUGGCACUGGAACUUCUGCAUGGUGGACCGGCGUGUCUAUUACAUUGCUGCUGUGAUACCGGGUUGAUUACAAAAUCUAUUAAGUGUUUGGUAACAUUUAUUAAUAAUCAUUGCCAACAAAAAAACACAUUGACAGUGAAUUAAAGUGUGGUAAAUAGAUUUCAUUAGUCUGUGUAAUCGAUAUUUAUUUUAUAAAUUAUAUUUUGGAGUGGGCAGCAUAGCUACGAGGUGAUUAGCACUGUUGCUUCACAGCAAGAAGCACCUGAGUUUGACUCCACCGCCUGGAUGGCAAGUGACAGAAAAGUCGAUGUGACGAGAUGCAGAAACUUGAAGCGAGACAACCAGCGGGGAGAACGGGGGGCUUAAACUUAAUAUUUUUGUGAGACUGCUUACAUGUGACAUGUAGUUGAAGGAAAAAGCACAAAAUCUUUUCAUUAUUUUCAUUAUUUUUGUUUUAAUUAAGCACUUUAUCUGAAGACACCUUUCUCCAAUGCUCUUCAUUUUACCAUUGAAUGCAAAAGAACAUUUUUGUAUUAUUUUAUUAUUAGAGAACCCUCCAGUUUAUUGUGAAAAUGAAAAAUAAACACUGUUG